CAGGAUCACAGCCAAGACUUCCCUGUGUUUGCUGCCAAAAUCUGUGUCAGAUUUAAGACACAUGCUUCUGCAAGCUUCCAUGAGCUUGUGAAAAAAAGUUAGAAUCCAGAGUUGGGUUCCAGCCUCUGUAGCUGCAAACACGGGUGGUUUGUGCUACCUCCUUAUAAACUUGAGGCAUAGGCUGGAGAGAUUUUUUUUUUCUUUUUAAUUGGCCGGGCAUGAAAUGGAUUUAGAGUGCUUUUUCAUUUCAAAUGGAGGAACUGUCCACCUCCUGAUUGUUCUUGGAGCAUGAGAACAUUUAAAUUUUUUUUUUUCAAUUCUCCCUCCCACCAUAAGUUUGUGUAAAAACUUACCUUGACUAAUUGAAGUCAUUUCAUUGGAUUUUGAUCACAACUGACUAUUUGUUUUUCCAUGUGAAGUCUUGGAGUUUCGAACCUUCCUUCUGGAGAAUGCCUUUGGAGCAAGUUCUCUCUAGCUGCCUGCUGUCGACUGUUUGGUAAUCAGUGGCGAUUCAAAGAUCCAAAAUGUACAGACAGUGGGCAGUGGUGAAUGUUUUCAUGAUGUCUUAUCUGCAGUUGGUGCAGGGCUCCAGUUAUGAACAUGGACCAUUGAAGCGAGCGUCCCGCUCCAUGUUAGAGCAAUCGGAACAGCAAAUCAGGGCAGCAUCUGGCUUGGAGGAGCUGCUUCGAAUCACGCAUUUUGAGGACUGGAAGCUGUGGCGGUGCCGACUCAAGCUCAAAAGUUUUCCCAGUGCAGACUCCCGCUCGGCGUCCCACAGGUCCACCAGGUUUGCAGCAACGUUCUAUGACAUCGAAACUCUAAAAGUUAUAGAUGAGGAGUGGCAGAGAACCCAGUGCAGCCCCAGGGAAACUUGCGUGGAGGUGGCCAGCGAGCUAGGAAGGAGCACCAACACGUUCUUCAAGCCUCCCUGCGUGAAUGUGUUCCGCUGCGGUGGCUGCUGUAAUGAAGAGAGCCUCGUCUGUAUGAACACAAGCACCUCGUAUGUUUCCAAACAGCUCUUUGAGAUAUCAGUGCCUUUGACGUCAGUCCCUGAGUUGGUGCCUAUUAAAGUGGCCAACCACACAGGUUGUAAGUGUCUGCCAACGGCUCCCCGCCACCCAUAUUCUAUCAUCAGAAGAUCGAUCCAGCUCCCAGAAGAAGACCUCUGUCCACAUUCCAAGAACCUCUGUCCUAUCGACAUGCAGUGGGACAGCAGCAAAUGUCAAUGUGUUUUACAGGAGGAGAAUCCACUCAUGGGAAUGGAAGACCACUCUCGUCUCCAGGAGCCGGCUCUCUGCGGACCACACAUGAAGUUUGAUGAAGAUCGCUGUGAGUGUGUCUGUAAGACACCGUGUCCCCAAGAUCUCAUCCAGCACCCAGAAAACUGCAGUUGCAUUGAGUGCAGAGAAAGUCAGGAGAGCUGCUGUCAAAAGCACAAGAUCUUCCACCCAGACACCUGCAGAUGAGUGAAACCAUCCAGUAGUUGUGAUUCACCUCUUGACUUAUUUCUCUAAGCAUCAUGACUUUCAGUUCCAUCCAUUCUGUCCUGAAGGGUGCAAUGCCAUCUCUUCUCAUGAGCAGGCCAUGUUCCAUCCAGCAUCUAACUCCCAGAUUCUUUACUCAGUCGUCCACCAGUGGGCACUGAUGGAGGUUGAUAAGGAAUUCAUCUUAACGUGAACUACACAGCUGGGAGUUUUGCUCUGAAACCCUGAGCAAAUCAGAACAGUGUCUCCUUUGAAUUCAGUCCUUGAUUCCCAAGUGUCAUGUGUAUCUUCUCUUGCAACAGCUGUGAGGACAGAUGCCCCUUUCACACCAGAACGUGCACAAAUGGAAAGCCAGCCUGUGCCAAGCAUUGCCGAUUUCCCAAGGAGAAAAGGGCUGUCCACGGUCAAGAGAAUCCUUGAGUAUGCUUUGCCCCCCCCCCCCACCCCUGAGUCUCUGUCCCUGAAAUUUUAAACCGCAUUCUGCUUUGCCAAGUUGCGGUCAGUCUUUUUCCCAGGUGUUCAAGAAAAAAAAAAAUUAUUUUAUGGAGGAUUCCAGUGCGUCUAGACCCACCUCCCACUAAGGAUCACUUGAGGAUCCUUAACUCAUUGAAGAUGCCUCUGCACACUAGGGAGGGGGGAGGCUGGGUAACUCCUGCAUUUUUUGUGACUGGAAAAGGCCUGCCCCUCUGGUGGGGGUGUAGGAAGCCCAGUGGUGGGGGCUCGGUGCAGAGGAGGCAGUUCACAUCUGGCCUGAAUCCUUUGCUAACUGCAAUGCUCCUGUGACUCUCUCUUCUGCAGAUGUUGAUUUUUAUGCUCAGCACUGACUUUCUGAUUAUUGUCCAGCUUGUAGUUACGCGUUUAUCAAAAUACUGUCUUUUGUUUCAUAUUUAAGUGUGUUUAAAGAAAAUAAACCUUUAUUCAAGCUCUA